CCUACUCCAUAAUGCUUCGUACUAUUUCCGUUUCCGGGCCGGUGGCUGCAGCUGGGAAGUGUGACUAGGUGUUCAUAACUGCUGGGUGCUGGUCGAAGAGAGGAGACGAAGAAAGCGCGAUGGUGUUGCUGGAGAGCGAACAGUUCUUGACAGAGCUAACGAGGCUUUUUCAGAAAUGCAGAUCUACAGGCAGUGUUUAUAUAACGCUAAAGAAAUAUGAUGGUAGGACAAGACCCAUCCCACGAAAGGGCCAUGUGGAGGGUUUUGAGCCUGUAGAUAACAAAUGCCUUUUGAGGGCAACAGAUGGGAAGAAAAAGAUAAGUACAGUGGUAAGCUCAAAGGAAGUAAACAAAUUCCAGAUGGCCUAUUCCAAUUUGCUCAGAGCUAACAUGGAUGGCUUAAAGAAGAAAGACAAGAAAAGCAAAAAUAAGAAAAGCAAAGCAACACAGUGAUGGAGCAAAUGUUUCUGUUGCUACAAUGGACCCAAAAACUAGCUCUUGAUGUUUAUCCUUCAUAUCACUAUAUAUCUGUUGAUGUCACUUCUACCUGUUAACUGGAAUUUAAGCAUUUGGGCCGUGGUAGACAGAUUAUGUAUAUAUACACAUACACACCAUAGCCAUUAUAACAGCUGAUUAGUUUUGUACUUGUAUUGUUCUGGCAGAGGGUGGUGGUUGGGGAAUUAUUCUUUUGCAAAAUGGUUAAGAAAUAAAUACUUUGAAUGCUGUUAUACUAAA